CCUCCAGGAUCUAGCCUUCCAGCUGCCAGCUACCUUGUCCUCGGAGAGGCAGGGCCCCAAGACCCCGUGGUGGUCUUUCCCUGAUAUAUAGACCACUCCCACACCUGAAUGGGGAGUGGAAGCAUCCCAUUCCUUGCCCCCCAGACUGGUGCAAACUUUCUCCAGCUAGUUUGAAGCUGGAAGGUACCUAAAGACCACCUUCUGUCUGUCUUCUUGGUGGUUCUGUGUGUGGCAGCUCUCACUGUGAACUUGGCCUGUUGCAAUCAGAAUCUCCAGGCAUUAGGUUACCCACAUCUGGGAAUUCCAUUUAGUAGGUCUGGGGUGUGUCUGUAGAAACCAUGCCUUUUCAUGGAAUCUGGGUUCAUGUGGUACAUGAUUAAGUCUGUGACUUCCUGAGAUAGAUGCAGCCUUAUGGCAGUAAGGUUCUUACAUCCUAUGUCUGUCUGAUGGAAGAGACUGAACUUAAAGUGCUUGCUUUGGCCAAGGCCAUGGAGAAACAGAGAACCUGGUUUUCUGCCUCCUGGAGCAGUCUGUUGGACAGCAUCUUGGUGUCAGAUCCAGGAAGACAAGAAGGCGAGGGGGAGAAAAGGUUGCUGGGGCCAUUAGGGCUCAGGAGAACCAGACCCUGGCCCAGUAGGAUGCCGUGUCCCCCUCUGCAAAGCAGGAACAGGUUGCCACAGCUGCCCACUCCAGAGUUGGGCGAGAUGGAACUGACUUGGCAAGAGAUUAUGUCCAUCACUGAACUUCAGGGUCUAAAUGCUCCUAGUGAGCCAUCGUUUGAGCCCCAAGCCCCAGCCCCAUUCCCUGGACCCCUGCCUCCUGCAUCUUACUGCCCCUGCUCCAUCCACCAGGAUUCUGGCUUCUCCCUUCCUCCACCACCUUACGAGCUCCCAGCAUCUACAUCUCAUGUCCCACAGCCCUACUCCUAUGGCAACAUGGCUGGUCCAGUCUCCAAGCCUCUGACCCUCUCAGGCCUGCUCAAUGAGCCACUGUCAGACCCCUUAGCCCUCCUGGACGUUGGGCUGCCAGUGGGCCCCCCCAAACCCCUAGAAGAUCCAGAAUCCGACUCGGGAUUAUCCCUCAACUACAGCGAUGCCGAAUCUCUUGAGCUGGAGGGGACAGAGGCUGGCCGUCGGCGCAGCGAGUAUGUGGAGAUGUACCCGGUGGAGUACCCAUACUCACUCAUGCCCAAUUCCUUGGCGCAUCCCAGCUAUACCUUGCCACCCACCGAGGCCCCUUUGGCCCUAGAGCCCUCUUCAGGUCCUGUGCGGGCAAAGCCAACUGCACGUGGGGAGGCCGGGAGCCGGGAUGAGCGCCGGGCCCUGGCUAUGAAGAUCCCCUUCCCUACGGACAAGAUUGUCAACUUGCCGGUAGAUGACUUUAACGAGCUGUUGGCGCGCUACCCACUAACGGAGAGCCAGCUGGCACUGGUCCGGGAUAUACGCCGAAGGGGCAAGAAUAAGGUGGCCGCACAGAACUGUCGCAAGAGAAAGCUGGAGACCAUUGUGCAGUUAGAGAGGGAGCUGCAGCGGCUGGGCAGCGAAAGAGAGCGGCUUCUCAGGGCCAGAGGGGAGACGGACCGGACCCUGGAGCUCAUGCGCCAACAGCUGGCUGAGCUAUACCAGGACAUUUUCCAGCACCUGCGGGAUGAGUCAGGCAACAGCUACUCCCCUGAAGAGUAUGUACUGCAGCAUGAUGCCGAUGGGGCAGUCUUCCUGAUGCCCAGGGGGACUAAGGCUGAGGCCACAGACUAAGCUGGCCUGGGAUGAUUUCCUUUGUGGUUUUCUGAUAAAGGUGCUCCCUGUCUCUGGGACCCAGAGUAGACUUCUCUAGGUCCAAUGAGGACAACCACAGGAGCCCCACUGGUGCUCCAGAGUGUGCUCACUGAGGCUUGCCUUGUGGAAGGGUUGGGAUGGGGCCUCUUUCCCUCACUUCAAGCUACCACCUCCUGUUUAAGCUUUGGUCUAUAAAGCUCUCUGCACAAA